AUGGAAGCGAAUGGUGAACGAGAUAUAGCUGGUAUUUUCAGCGCGGCUUUAAUGCCAUUGAAAGAUAUGAAACAUGCAGAUAUUUUGGACCAGUAUGAAAUGAACAUGGCUGAUGGAAAUAUAACACCUGACGUUCUAGAACAUUUAUCUCAAAGAACUACACAGAACCAUAGAGAUGGUAUAUUUGGUGAAGAGUUUAGAAAGAAAGUUAGGGAGAGCGAAGGAAGAGAACCUAUUGUACAUGACCUUGCAAACGAAAGUUUACAAAAUGUCAUAAAAACUUACUUUGCAGACAAUGAACCGAGAAGGGAUGAAUAUUUAAGAAAACUCAAAUGGACAGUACCAAAUGAAAUGUUAGUAUUGAAAAACAUGUUCCUUGACAAAAUAAAACCAACUACAGAAAUAAACGACGCAAGACUGAAAGAUUGGGUAGAAGCUUUCCCAUUCACAAAAGAUAUAGUUGGUAACAUGGAAAGAAAACCAGAAUGGCUACAAAAACAUAUAUUUGGAAACGAGCAUAUUCCAUAUGGACAGGCACUGUUUGAAGAGCUUGAACCGGAAACUCAGGAAAGAGUCAUGCAAACAAUACGCGAAGACUCAAAUACAGACUAUGACAAACUCUUUCUAGGAUAUAGGUUACCUGAGAUGGGCGACCAGAGCCAAAAGGCAAAAAGGACAUGGAAAAUUUGCAACAUACUAGAUGAACAUAAUGCAAAGAUGCAACAACUUCAAGCAGAGGGCAAUGAAGGAAAAAGAAGAGUUAAAAACUCAGUCAGGAAGAAAGUAAAGCUUGGUCGGAGUGGGUUCUAUUAUGACAUAUAA